ACCGAUCAACGCUAAUAACCUGAAGUUACAAUACCGUUUAUAAAACAAGAAAAAAAGAAUCCUUGUUCACAUACACGUGUUAGUAUUAUUUGGCUCCUUUGGAAAUACUUAGAACUUAAAGCUAACCCAUGGCCUUUUUUUCACUGUGUGAAAACGAAUCUAUACAAUACUUCCCAAACGAUCUUUUGAGGCACACAUGCCUAAUUUUAUAACAUGUCGCAAAAUUUGAAGAAGAAAAGAAAGAUAAAAACCACCUCUAUGUACUAACGAUAGGACUAUGAAACCAAGAAAAUAAAUUUAUCGUAUUUUGACCCGACUUCCUUGUUUACCUUGACGUCAUUCCUAUGCGCCGCGCACGUUUUUGAAACCGGAAUUGAUUAUUGGCUCAGGGGUGUACAUAUGCCUUCUUGUUUUGCUGUUGUCUUGGAUUUGUAAGAGAUUUCCCUGACAAUUAAAGUAAUUCAAGUUAAUGAUUCAACUCUGACAACAGCAACAGCGGGAUGGACCACAUCUCCUCACAUCUAGCAUGUGAUCUGCCGCUGAAUGGAGUUUCUGAGGACAUGGAUCUGCUUCACAUUGAUGUGGAGGCAGAGGUGGUAGAUACAAAACCGGGGAGAGACGAGGCUUUGUGUUCAAAGAACGUGUUGAGGAAGCAGAGGCACUGGGAGAAACAGAUUGCGGCGAAGAAGAGCAGGAGGAAGGAGGAGAAGCAGAGGAGGAAACAGAACCGUGAGGAGGAGUCUGCGUCCACUGCAGAGAUUCCUCACUUUACUAAACGGGUGAUGAAGGCCAUCACUAGAGAACGUUUAAUCGGAGCUCAAGCCACCGGUCUGAAACUCUGUGUGGAUCUGAGCAUGACUGACAGCAUGUCUGACAAGGAAAUCAGCCGAUUGGCCGGUCAGUUGAGGAGGCUGUAUGGGUCAAACAGGAAGGCAUCCCGACCAUUUCAUUUGUUCCUGACAGACCUGAAGGAGGGCAGUCGUCUCUACAAAGAGUGUUUGCGAAUGAACGACGGCUUCCUCAAUUACAUGAUGGACGUCACGGACGGAAGUUUUCUGAGCCUGUUUUCUACAGAAACCAUCGUCUACCUGACUCCAGAUGCAGAGUCAGCUUUGGAAACAGUGGAGGCAGAUAGAGUUUAUGUCCUUGGUGGCCUGGUGGAUGAAAGUAUCCAGAAGAAGCUGAGCUUAUCACGAGCCAGAGAACUGAGCGUCUGCACGGCCCGACUUCCCAUAGACGAGUACAUGGUGAAGAAAAACAACCCCAAAAACUUUUACUCCAAAAUACUGGCUAUUAAUCAAGUGUUUGACAUCUUGUUAAAGUUCUGCAACACCGGCAGCUGGACUGAAGCCCUGCAGAUGUGGUUCCCUCAGGGGAAGGGUUAUGUUGUUGCACAGGAAGCCUCCUGACAGAAGCCCAUAUGAACGAACUUUUGACUGUGUUUAUUUUUCAGGAGCUGCAGCCAAAUGCAGAUGUGUCAACAUGACAGUACAUGCUACUAAAAACAAUAUCAAUAAAAUAUGCUAACGUAAUGCUACCUGAGGACAGUUAAAAAUAGGAGUAAAACGUAUUUCCAACAAAGGCAAACAAGUAAAAAAAA